GAAUAUUUUUUUUAAUGUUUGAAGACUGCAAUGUAAAAAUUUAGCAAGAUUUUAUAAGGAUAAAAAAUCAUCAGUAGCAUCAAUACUAAUAAAGAUGGCUAGGAUGGGCGGAAGAUGCCAAUGUAAAGAAAAAUCCACAGAUGCAUUUGUGAGGUAUAAAAAUUUGGAACCAGCACUUUGUUUGGAAUUGAAAAAGAUUGUGGAAGCUAUGAAAUCCCCAGGAAAAGGAAUACUCGCUGUCGACGAGUCACCAGCCACUUUAGAUAAAAAAUUUCAAGAAAUGGACAUAACAAGUACAGAAAGCAUUCGUCGAGAUUAUCGACAAAUGUUAUUAUCAACUGACAAGACUCGCCUGAAUAAGUGCAUAAGCAGUGUCAUUCUGCAUCAUGAAACUGUAUAUCAAAAGACAUCAGACGAUGUAGAAUUCAUUGAAUUUGUUCGACAAAAGAAUUUGAUUCCUGGUGUCAAAGUCGAUAAAGGACUGGUCAAUCUCUUUGGAACUGAUAAUGAAACAACCACACAGGGUUUGGAUGAACUACAGGAAAGAUGCAUCCAAUACAAGAAGGAUGGUUGCCAUUUUACAAAAUGGCGAUGCACUUUUUCUAUUUCUGAUUCUCAGCCAUCGUAUUUAGCAAUGUUAACAAAUGCCAAUGUCCUUGCAAGGUAUGCUAGUAUCAGCCAAAGUGCAAGAUUGGUACCGAUUAUUGAGCCUGAAAUAUUGAAUCAAGGAGAACAUGGGAUAAAUCGGUCACGCCAGGUUCACGAAGAGAUGCUGUCAAUUCUCUUCAGGACACUUAAUGAACAUCGUGUCUAUCUCGAAGGGAUUAUCCUGAAACCUUCAAUGGUCUUGGCAGGACUUGAUCAUGCAAGAUAUUGCAAGCCACAAAUCAUUGCAGAGAGCACAGUAUCGGCUCUACAAAGAACUGUACCAGCUGCAGUGCCUAUGAUUGCAUUUCUUAGUGGAGGACAAACGGAUGAGGAAACUACGUUGAAUUUAAAUGCAAUUAAUCAAUAUGAAGCAGUAAAACCAUGGACUCUCACUUUCUGCUUUGGUCGAGCCCUUCAGGUGUGCUGUAUAGAAUUUUUCGAAUUGACCUAGGGUUUUUUAAAUUUUCAGUUGAUUUAGGGAGGGAGGGCUAAUUAUUAGUCCUCUGUUUGAUAUAGAACGAAGCAAUAAAAGUAUGGCAGGGUGAUUCAGGAAUGACUACUGAAGCUCAAGAAAUAUUUUUGAAACGUGCAGAAAUUUCGUCGGCUGCAGCUCAAGGCACAUUGCCAGUUGAGGAUAUAGAAAAAUGUUUAAAAAGUA